AUGUACAUUCGCCAUUGGUACUCGGCGCGCUCGCCAAUUCGUCCUGCCAAGUCUCAUCAGGGUUCCAUCAACCGCCCAUGCAGCGCUGCAUGCAUACAACGUCCAAUUUCCACACAAGCAAAGACCAACAAUAGCCACCAAAAGUUCCAGCCUGCCGUGGUUUCCACCCUCACUGCACCUGCAUGCUGCAAGGACAGCAACAGGACUCGCCGUCGGGGAACCAACGCAGCUGUCCAGCCGCUCCUCCGGGAUACAACUUCGCCUACUUCCGAGACAGAAAAGGCGGGCGCCUACCUGCAGGGCACGGCCAAUGGCCAUCAGGGUUACAGUCUGGAGUGCAUAGAAUGGAGAUGA